AUGCUAAAGACCCACUGGUGUGUUAUUACUCUCGCUUUCGUGUUAGAACAGUGCGUUCUUGGUCAGCUGUUUGAUCCUCAAUCAUACUGCAACUAUGAGGAUGGAAUUUUAGAAUGUAACGUUUCCAAAUCAGGGUUUAAUUUAGAACUCAAUAUUGGGAGCAGUAGAAGCGCGAGCGACUCAAGGAUGAAAACGGAAUCCUUACUUGAUACAUUCGAAGAUAACAAGUUGAAUACCACGGCGACUCUUAGUGGUAGUUCCAGUCGUCUUGACAUCGGUCGUAGUCCAGCGGUCCUGGGUAAUAGUUUUAGUCGUCUCGGUAUCGGUCGUAGCCCUGUCCACAGCUUGGAGACUAAGCGAGAUUUUGGCGGUCAUUUCACCGGUAUCUUUAACCCGAGGGCUUCCACUCCCUCUUUUCCUGCUUGGCUGUUAAGCACUAUUGAAAGCGUCUUUUCUGAUAGCAGUAAGAAACCGAAAAUGAUAUGCUUACUCAGUGCUCAGAACAACACCUGCGUGGAAUGGGUAGUAUUCAACCCAAGUGCAUACCCUGAUGGAUUCUACCUCGAUAGAGUAGGGUUCGCACAACAAUGUCGAACAAGAGGGCAGAGCGUUAAAUUAAAACGAGCUUCAGAGAAGUCGAUUGUAUUCACUUGUACCGGCGACAAGGCGGACAAAUGUAGAGGGCAGGGUGUUAAAUUGAAAGAAUCGACGGACAAACUUAUGGAAUGCACCUGUGCCGGUACCAGGGUGGAUAACUGUACGGCUAGCACUUCAGAGAUGUUACUAAAGCAAUAG